GAGUUUAGAUGUGUUGGCAAUUGAAGAUCUAGUUGAUGACCCAAAGAUUGUUCAAAACUGUUGGGUGCACGUGACCAUUGGUUUCCAGCACACACAAGUCAAGCUUGUCACUAUUGUCUACCAAGACUUGUGAGAAGUCUGAUAUCUCAUUAAUUGAGAAAUGCCUUAGGCGUGUCUAACACGCUAAGAGCUGAAGCAAAAAGAGGCUAUUCGGCCAGUGUGUGUGUUUCGCAGAGUGAGCAAGAAACACAGAGAAAGUGUUUCAAAGGAGAGGUGCAGUCCGAAUGAUAGAGAGAAAUACAGUAAGAGUGUAAGAAAGAGAAAAAGAAAAGGGAGAUAUUUUCCUUUACUUUAAGUUACAUACAAAGAAAAUAAAUUAGUAGAGUUUUUUUUGGAGAUUUUGAGUGCUACAUCUCUGGAAAGUUGAAGUGCUCAGAAGAAUGAUUUUGUUAUUAGCUUUAUGGGGAUUCAGGAUUUUUUUUCCCAACAAGAACAGCUUAAGAAAAAUGAAGUUUCAACUUUCAAGAGCUCGACUCUACCCUCGAUUCUCUUGAUUGAUCAAGCCUCGGAAGUGACGUUUAUGUUUCCUCAACUGCUGGUGGAUUUAUUGAGGUGCAUAAUUUAACAAAUAUGAACAAUGCAAAAAAGCUCAUAACGAUUCAUUUAAAGCCUAUUUUGAACCCUAUUUGUUGUGCUAUUUAAAGGACAUAAUAAGCCAUCCCUAGAGAGGGUUUCAAGAUAGAAAAAAGCUUUGUUUGUCAAAGAUCAACAGAGAAAGAAGAUAAUGGUUAAACGACAGCCGUGUAGUCUUUUCCUUACUUAAAUUCUUUGUAGUUUUAGAUUUAUUUAUCCUACAGGUGAGAGGCACAUGUUAUAUUAAUAGUUUAAUACCCGUGGUUCUAGGCUGUUAAAUUUGUUAGGAUUUGCUGUUUGUAACAGUUUAGAGAGAUAAUCAGGGUUUGCUCUGUUUUCAUUGUUCAUAAACAAAAUCUUUGUACUGACUAAUUAAUCAAUUUAUUCAGUUAGAGUAAUUUUCUCAGUCUUAUGGAUUUUGACAGGGAAGAAUCUAUUUUGGGCAGUGUCAAACAGUCAGUCGAAGGACAACUAUGAUGACUAACAAAUUGAACAACGGAUUGCUCUGUUUUUUUUUUUUUUUUUCAUCUCUAUGUUUAUCUUUUCUAAAUAAAUCAGAUUAUGCAGUGCUCCUCUGUAAAAAAAAAACUGGCAGAUUAUACCCUUUUUUUUUUCCUUUUGAGAAAUAACUGGCAGAUUCUAACUAGUGCUACACACCCAAAAUCAAUUAUGGCGUUUCAAGGCUAUCUAGUCUUAGGCCUCCUGGUUCUUCUUGACUUAUUGACUAAUGGCAUUGCUGUUUCACCAAGCCAUUACACUGCUUCACUCAACCGGACCAGUUUUCCAAAAGAUUUUAUUUUUGGGACAGCAUCAGCGGCUUAUCAGUAUGAAGGUGCUGCAAAAGAAGGUGGUAGAGGACCAAGUACAUGGGACAUUUUCACUCAUAGAUAUCCAGGUAAGAUAGCGAAUGGAAGCAAUGGAGACAUAGCUGUUGAUCAAUAUCAUCGCUACAAGGGAGAUGUUCGGAUUAUGAAAAAGAUGGGCUUAGAUGCAUACAGAUUCUCCAUCUCAUGGUCUCGAGUACUGCCAAAAGGGAAACUAUCUGGAGGCGUGAAUAGGGAAGGAAUCAAAUACUACAACAAACUAAUCAAUAGGCUCCUUGCCAGAGGUAUACAGCCCUUUGUGACCCUGUUGCACUUGGAUCCUCCUCAGACACUAGAAGAUGAGUACGGUGGUUUUUUGAGUCCUCAUAUUGUGAAUGAUUUUCGGGAUUAUGCUGAGCUUUGCUUUAAAGAAUUUGGUGAUCGUGUCAAGCAUUGGAUCACACUAAAUGAACCAUUGAGCUACACCAAUGCUGGUUAUGUUAUGGGGACAUCACCUCCAGGCCGGUGUUCUAGUUGGCAACAGUUAAAUUGUACCGGUGGAGAUUCUGGGACAGAACCAUAUUUGGUAUCACAUAAUCAGCUUCUUGCUCAUGCAUCCGCGGUCAAAAUUUACAAGCAAAAGUAUCAGCAAGUACAGAAAGGCAUUAUGGGUAUAUCCCUAAAUACAGACUGGUAUGUGCCAUUUUCUAACGCAAGGCAUGACCAUGAUGCUGCGCUAAGAGCCCUUGAUUUCAAGUUUGGAUGGUUUAUGGAUCCCUUAACCAAUGGUGACUAUCCACAUAGCAUGCGAUCUCUAGUUGGCGACCGAUUACCCAAAUUCACAAAAGACCAAUCCAAGCUAGUGAAAGGGUCAUUGGAUUUUCUAGGGCUAAACUACUAUACUGCUAAUUAUGUAGCCGAUGCACUUCACUCCAAAGUUGAACACGCAAGCUAUAUAACAGAUUUAAGAGCUAAUAUUUCUUCUGAGCGCAAUGGGAUCCCCAUCGGUCCAAAGGCUGCUUCAGAAUGGCUCCGUCUCUAUCCAAAAGGAAUUCGAGACCUUCUAUUAUACAUAAAGACACAAUACCAUGACCCACUAAUUUUCAUUACCGAGAAUGGAACUGAUGAGUUCAAUGAUCCUACAUUAUCGCUUGAGGAAGCCCUAGCAGACAACUAUAGAAUUGAUUAUUUCUAUCGCCAUUUUCAGUAUAUUCAUAGAGCUAUCAAGGAUGGUGUUAAUGUGAAGGGAUAUUUUGCAUGGUCAUUAUUGGACAACUUUGAAUGGAAUUCAGGUUACACCGUUCGGUUUGGCAUCAACUAUGUAGACUACAAAAAUGGAUUGAAAAGACAUCCCAAAUUGUCUGCCCUCUGGUUUAAGAAAUUCCUCAAGAAAUAAGAUGAAAAAUUAAUGACUAUGCUCAUUUCUUUUCUAUCAGACCAUCUCCAAAUAUAGACUUGAAGUUCAUUUGUUUUCUAUCUUCAUUUUUUUUUUCUUUUUUUUUUUUAAGAAAAUUUUUUUUCUAUCUUCUAUAGUGUCUGUAAUCUAUAAUAAAAAUAAAAUAAAAUAAAAUAAAUGUCUCCAUUUUCAAACUCGAAUGUUUCUUAAUUAAAUUACAACUUUAGAUCA